CUAUUAAUUUUCAAGUUGUUGAAUUUUCAUUUAAUGUACUGCAGCUCUCUGAAGCAUGGUGAGCUUCUUUAACCGUUAAAGCAGUAAGCUGUAUAUAUAAAAUAAUAACCAGAUGAUGAUGUGUAAAGAAGACAUAACACUGCCUUUCAUAGGAAGAACCACUGGAUGGGGGAUUAUCUACAUUUCUGUACAGUGACAACUUGGCUCAAAGGAGGAUGAUGAUGAUGGCUGUAAAACGGUUUGCUACUUCCACCGAGAACUCGGUGCACAGGUUAUUCCGUAAGUGCCCUAUAGAGAGCUGCCAGCAAGGGCAUCGGCGGGGCCAGGGAUUUGGGUUGGUGACAGCCUGAAGCCGAGAGGAGAAAUAUGCGUUAUCUAAGCGCUGGUCCCGCCGGGACGUGCCCACUCGCCCGCACGGCCGGGCAAAGCCUGCGAGCGCGGAACCCGUGGUCUCUGCCGCGGCCGCGGUGCUUUUCUGCCUCCCGUUCGGGUGUGUUUGUGCGGGGCUGCUGGGAGGCUUGUCUGGCUACUUUCCCGCCUACAUCUUCGGAGAGAGACCGGGAGGAGGGAGCAGCCGAGAGGAGACAAGAAUGAAAAAAGAAGAAAACCCCCAUACCCUUGCGUUUUGCAUGCCCUGGCGCAUCUCACAGCGCAGCACGGCGCAUCGGCCGCCCCCCGCCCGUCCCCCCGGGGCGCUCCGCGGCCGCGCAGAGCCGCCUGCAGCCGCCGAGCCUGCGCCGCUCGCGGCUCCGCGGCGCGCAAUUCCCGCGGCCGCCCUUGCGCGCCCGGCACGCCGCCCGCCUCCAGCACGGCCUCAGAGACUGCGGCUGGAGGGGUGUGCUCCCUCUCCUGGGCACGAACGAGGGGAUGGCGGAUGCCCCCUUCCCCGCGGCUAGGGCCGCCCCCCUCAAAAUCUCGACCGUGCCGGACGUAGAGACGCGCAGUCCCCCCGGGUGCCCGUGCACAUCCCCCGGCGCUUCCGCUCCCGGCUGCGGGUCUCCGCUAGGCAGGGAGGACCGGACCGGCUGCCUCUCGGAGAGUCGCCCUCUGAGUAGCUUCAAAAUUAGAAAUUUUUAAAUGCAUAUAUGUAGCUUUAAACAUGUAUUUAACAUUUGAUACAUUUAGCCUAUUUAUAUUUACAUGUAUAUGUACAUACGUAAGGUCUAUUUCAUUUCCCUCUUUGGAGAAAAAUAUCAAAUCAAUGCCACCCUUUUUCCCAGGCAUGUUUCCCUUCUAGUAAAGGAGGCUCCACCUCUGCUAGGGAUUGAUUCGUCCAGCAGUUUUUAGGAUAAUUUAUGAAGCAACCUGAUGAGCCUAUUGGGCGAGUUGCUCAGUCCUUGCAGAGUGGGUUUCUACCUGUUUGGGUGUUUUAUUUUAUUUUAUUUUUUUUUCCCCUUCCCUUCCCUCCCCUCCCUCUCCCUGCCGUGUGCCGGGGGGUGGUGGGAUCGGUAGGGUCGCAAUUUCCCAGGCUCUCCGGAGAAAACUCGGGCAAGGGAGAGCGCCUUCACGCUCAUGGAUGCAUGGGGGGGCCCCGCGCCCCGCUGGAUCCGCCGCCGCGGGGCCCGGCUGCUGCUGCUGCUGCUGACCGUGCGCCUGGGCAGCGGGGCUGAUAAAGCAGAUGAUGAGGAUGAUGAAGAUCUAAUGGUGAAUAAAACAUGGGUCCUUGCACCAAAGAUUCAUGGUGGUGAUGUAACUCACAUACUGGACUCCUUACUUCAAGGAUAUGACAAUAAGCUUCGGCCAGAUAUUGGGGGGGCGCUGGAUAUUAUCCUAUCAAUGUACAGUGAGAACUACGGUCAUUGAAACAGAUGUCUAUGUUAACAGCAUCGGUCCAGUUGACCCAAUCAAUAUGGAAUACACUAUAGAUAUAAUUUUUGCCCAGACUUGGUAUGACAGUCGUCUAAAAUUUAACAGCUCAAUGAAGGUGCUUAUGCUUAAUAGCAACAUGGUUGGAAAAAUCUGGAUUCCAGACACUUUCUUCCGGAACUCAAGGAAAUCUGAUGCUCACUGGAUUACAACUCCAAAUCGUUUGCUUCGAAUCUGGAGUGAUGGAAGAGUACUGUACACUCUAAGGUUGACAAUUAAUGCUGAGUGUUAUCUUCAGCUUCAUAAUUUUCCUAUGGAUGAGCACUCCUGUCCUCUGGAGUUUUCAAGCUAUGGCUAUCCCAGAAAUGAAAUUGAAUACAAAUGGAAGAAAACCUCUGUUGAAGUGGCAGAUCCAAAAUACUGGAGAUUGUAUCAGUUUGCAUUUGUAGGGUUACGAAAUACAACUGAAAUUUCUCAUACCUUGUCUGGUGAUUAUAUUAUUAUGACAAUAUUCUUUGAUCUCAGCAGACGUAUGGGAUAUUUUACUAUUCAGACAUACAUUCCUUGUAUACUCACAGUUGUUCUUUCAUGGGUGUCAUUUUGGAUCAAUAAGGAUGCAGUUCCUGCAAGGACUUCUCUGGGGAUCACAACAGUGCUGACCAUGACAACACUGAGUACGAUUGCUAGGAAGUCACUCCCAAAGGUUUCCUAUGUGACAGCAAUGGACCUUUUUGUUUCAGUUUGCUUUAUUUUUGUGUUUGCUGCCUUGAUGGAAUAUGGCACCUUACAUUACUUUACCAGCAACAGAAAAGGGGUCAAAGGAAAAGAAAAGAAGGCAAAAUCUAAGCCAUCAAAACCACCUGCAAUUGCUGUUCGACCUGGAUCAACACUAAUUCCAAUGAAUAACAUUAAUCAUCUCCCUGAACGUGAUGAUGAUUAUGGAUAUGAGUGCCUAGAAGGAAAAGACUGUGCUAGUUUCUUUUGUUGUUUUGAAGACUGCCGCACAGGAUCUUGGCGAGAAGGAAGAAUACACAUCCGUAUAGCAAAAAUUGACUCCUAUUCUCGAAUCUUCUUUCCAACUGCCUUUGCAUUGUUCAACCUUGUUUACUGGAUUGGAUAUCUUUAUCUGUAAAUUUCAGAGGUUUGACAAACUCAGAAAAAAAUACUAAUUGAAUAGUCAUUAAUACUUUUAACUGAGCAAAGAUUAGAGCUGGUCCAAAAUGACUCAAAUUGUUUGUAUGCAUUAAAAAUUUGAAACAAUGAGAGGAAAUAUGAUGAUGUAGUCUCCCUCUUGUGAUCAACUGUAGAACUGAUACUGGUACUUUGAAGAGAACAUUCUAAAAUAAAUAUCCCUAAGAUUUUUCUUUCCUUAACACACCUACAUGUUUUUUUUUUCCAGUUCUAAGAAAAUGCAGAAUCACAGGCAAUGCUAUUUAACUGAACCAACCUACAUAAGCUCUCAAUUUUAAUCCUAAAUGACAAUGCAGAAGGAUUUUGUAGCAUUUCUUACACCUUUGCAAAGAAAGCCUUAAUUAAAUAGGAUUAGUUACUCUCAUCCAUUUAAUCCAUCAGGUGAUGGUUUUAUUAAUCCCUAAUUUUAAAAAGUUGAAAUGUAACAUUUCUCUUUUCAAUCAGCCAUUUGUUCUCUCCAGUAUGUUAAAAAGUGUGAUUAGAUGAUAAUUAAUCAAUUCAGAUUUAUACAGAAUGCAGAUAUAAGAGCAGCAAGCAAUGGAUGUAUCAAAACACCCAAGGAUAAUUCUGAGCUUGUCUUAUCCUGAUCAUGGAUAGAGACUUUUGGCUUUCAACUUCAGAUUACGUUUAUAUCUGUGCUCCAUUUCCUGUUACUUCAUUGUCGUGAGUUCCCCAAAGUUGUCUGAGAGGUCUACAGCUUUCAGAAAUUCUUAUCCAGCUGCCAUUGCCUCCUCAUUUCAUGGAAAGCAGACUGGUGUUGGCCCAGAUUCUGGUCAUUAAGCAUAAUGAUCUUCACAUACUCAGUGUUGAAGAAAAAGUCAUAACCCUACAAUUGGAAGAAUUUGUAUCAGCAGGAUUUGGAAGGCCUGUAACAGUGCUGUAGUCAUUGUACUCAAAGUCACUGUUAAAUCCCCAGUCCUGAGUGCAGUGUGUGAUCUAGUCCCCUUUGCACACAGUGUGGUUUUGUAGAUCUGUUUUGUUACUGCACAUGCUGCUCACUGAGCCAAAGCCGAGUGGUGUUAAUGUAUUGAAUGUGUGGCAUGGAUUGCUGGGUAAUUACCUUCUUGAUAUUUGUUUGUUUCUAAUGGAAAAGAUGUGUUAUGGAGGGAGGGUUAAAAUAGUCCUUAUGCACUGCUGAAUCUUCUCCAAGAUGGGAUACAUUCCCCCAAAAUCACAGGACCAGUUGCCCAUCCUUUCUGUGGUGAGACCUUUGGUAGAAAUCCUUCAGUUGUAGUCUUUCUGGACUGACCUCUUGGUGUUGACUAUUGCUGCCUGGCAGCAUUUGGUAUCUAAUUUCUAUUUCUAAAUCCAUUGCCUUCAUUAUGGAAAAGUGCAGUCUUUCCUCCUUUCUUAAAGACAAAUUGGUCUCAAGUGAGCUUGAAAAAAAUCACUGUAAAAUUAAGAUAUGCAUUAAGUAAAAGUCAGCAUUACACAGAAGACCUUACAGAUCUUUAAAGAGGAUUAAUGGGAUUAGUAUUUGGCUGUAGGUAAGGAUGUUCAGUACUAAAGAUAAAGACAUGAUUAAUAGCUAAGAAUAGAAAAUGUUACAUUAAGGGCUCCCCCAAUUCCCCCCAAUAUUUCUGUUGAAUAUGCUCCCUCCUCUGAAUUUCUCAGAAAGGAUUAUUGUAUUUAUAGUCUAGCUGGUACCAGGCAUAGUAAAAUAUGAUAUACAAUACACAUUUCAGAGGAAAUGUUAUUCCAGUGUUCAGCCCCAAAGUUUAAUAGAGAGUCCAAGAUUAUGUGCAGUUUUUGUGAAAGGAGGUGUGACAAAAGAUCCAAUUUUAAUGAAAACUUUAUUUCAGUAUUUAGCUGAUGAAUAAUAGGAGUGGUUGAGAGACUCUGAAAGCCCUGCUGAUGAGGUUGGCUGGCAUUCUUUGUGGUGUGACCUUUCUGAGUACCAGCUCUUCUGACUGUUGGACUGAGUGUAGAAGUGAGGUAUCAUUAACAACACUGAUCUGCUAUAAUUUAUUGGUUUUUUAGAGUCUCAUUUUCAUAAAAUGUUCAGUCAAAAAGAAACAUGUCAGUUUUUAUUCCAUAAUGUAGGUUGAUACUUUUUGACAGCAUGCUGAACACUUUCCUCUGUAGGAGGGAUGAAGGUGGCUUCAGCAGUAUGUUGGAUGUGUGCUUGAAAAGCAGUCAGCUUGCUGUACCAUGCAAGGCCCAGAUUUAGUGAGUUCCUGAAGUUCAUUAAUUCACCUUUAAACAAAGGAAACUUAAAAGAAUUUGGCACUUCACAAGAGGAAAUACAAAUUUCACAGCCUGCUCUCCUCUGGCUCAUCUAGUUAGCUUUUUCUAUUCAUGUGGUUGUCAGUUGCCAAUCAGCCUCCACUGACUGAAUUGGAGAACUGAAAACAUUCAGAAUUGGCAAGGGAAGGGUAAGAAGUCUUUCAUCUCUAGUUUCUAUGAAACAAUGUAAUGGAGUAUUAAACCUAUUGAGUGUUACGGCUGUUUGGCUUAUGAAUACACUUGCUGCUGUCUGUUGACAAACUUUUCUGUGUACUUCAUUUGUUUCUGAUGAAAUAAUUUUAGUUUUCAUAGUACUGUGAGUGCAAAUAGGAAUGAGAAUGCAGUGAACAUGGCAUGUAAUAAAUGUGUUAUUUUAGUCCUAUGCAUUUUCUUUCUUAUCUGCAUGUAAACACUUGAUUCCAAGAAAUCUAAGUGAUACUUUAAAAAAAUGGCAAGAAACAGACAGUAUAAUUAAUUGAAGUUAGAUGCUGCAAUCAUUUUUCAAACUUACCUGGAUAGAAAGUUUGUUUACCCUUAGCUGGGAUCAUAUUUUUUGGGAGUUAUAUUUUUCUGACCAUCACUGCAUAAGCACACACUUAAACAUAUUCCUAAUUAGUACUGUUAUUAGACCAGAAUUCAGAAAAGGGUGUUCUUAUGUACUGUCAUAAAGAGUGAUGCUAUCAUGAAUUGAUGCCAUUAACACAUGCUUAAUUUGCACUAAUUUCAAUAAUGAGUGUUCAGUAGCUCAAAUAAUUGAACAUUAAGGAUGUGAACCAGAGCCUUUUCAGUAAGAGAUUUUUCUCAUUGAAAGAGAGGGACAUAAGAGGAGAAAUUACUGUAAAGGCAGAGAGGGGAAAAAUUCUGGGAACACUGUUUUAUACUGCACCUAUCUUUGGCAUAUCUUGAAAUGUAUUUUUCAAAAAAGAGACUUUUCCUUGAUGUUUCUGUAUUAGUGUUUACCAGUUGUCUGUUUUAGUAGUGAGUACAGAUCAGUGUGUUAUUUUUUGGUAAGAUUCUGUCUAGGAUUGUACCUCACUGAGCUUUAGUGCAUGUCUCCUGCGUCUGAAUAAAUCUGUUUUAUGUAGUGGCAGUGCAACCAAAGCAUGAACCCUGGGUAAUGUAUUUUGUAUUCACAUGUUGAUGUGCUUCAAAGACUUUAACCUUAUCCAGUUUUCUGGCAUUCAGAGAUAUAGGAUUGUGUUAGACUUUGAAGGAGAAUCACCUCCAACAGUAUUUUUAUAACUUUCUGUUCUUUAUUUGGGUAUGGUAGUAAAACAUUUGUUUAAAAUUGA